CCGCCCUCGUCCCCGUCGCCCUCGGGGCUCUCCUCGCGGCCGACGACCUCGAGUCUAGGCGUGGGCAGGUCGCGGCUGCGCCAGGCCGGGUGGGGCGGGAUGGCGGCCAGCGCGUUGCUGGAGGCCGGCCUGGCCCGCGUGCUCUUCUACCCGACGCUGCUGUACACCGUGUUCCGCGGAAAAGUGCCGGGCCGGGCGCACCGCGACUGGUACCACCGCAUCGACCCCACGGUGGUGCUGGGUGCGCUGCCGCUGCGGAGUAUGACGCGCCGGCUGGUGCAGGACGAGAACGUGCGCGGGGUGAUCACCAUGAACGAGGAGUAUGAGACGCGGUUCCUGUGUAACUCCUCAAAGGUGAGGGGCUGGGAGCGGGGCAGGGACAAGGGCAGGGGCACCCGCCAGCCCCGUCCGCCACCCUGGCUGGUCCUACGACAGCGGGGAGGAGGGUCCGCCCUCUAA